AUGGUGUCCCUCAGUGUAGCACAAGCUUCGGCUUCCACUAUCGCUGGCGUGAAGCGCGCCUGGGGAUGGCUCAAACGACUCUACGACGGUGAGGGUGGAGGCAGACCGGGCGAUGUACCAGCUCCGAACACGGGAAUGGACGGUACGGCUGACGCUGCUGUCACGGCAGCAAACAACCUGAUCCGCGAAGCCGCAGAGGGUGGAGUGAGGGCUGUCAAUGCUGCCGUCGAUGGCGCAAUCGUUAGAUUGCAGGCGUCGGUAACGGCCUCCAUCGACGCAAGUAACGAACUGAAUGCAUCGUGCCGGCGAGCCAAUGAAGCCUGGGCUAAGGCAGAGCAAAAGAUGACUACUCUCCGCCAGGAGAGGAUGAACUUCGAACUCGAGCUCAAGCAGACCGCUCAAAGUCUCGUUGAUGCCUUACAACAAGCUCCCGAACCUUCUUCAUCUUGCACAGUUAGCUAA